AUGGCCACGGCGGUGUCAUCAACAACAGGCACUUCAAUAUCAGCCACGACUACCUCGACUCUUUCUCCCGGACAACAGGAAGAGGUUUCCCCGAAAAUGCAUUUACAGUCUCGAUCGCAAAAGCCGGCUCAACGGAAAAAGAAAGCUGCCAGAGCGUGCAUACAUUGCCAAAAGGCCCAUUUGACUUGUGAUGACUCUCGUCCCUGUCAACGAUGUAUAAAACGCGAUCUUGCCUCGACAUGCACCGAUGGUGCUCGAAAAAAGGCCAAAUACCUGCAGGAUGUUCAUGAUUCGGCCGUAAGCGAACCGGACGUUGCAUUCAAUCCUCAACUGGGUAUGCCAAUGGGUGGUGGGAGUAGUAGUAUGAAUGCGAUGUCGUCGGAUAACAGCAGCAUAAGCAAUUCCAUCGUCGACACCGAGUCCUUUGGGAACGAUCCAGGCUUAGUCAAUGCAAGCCAGCUGCUGGACAAUUACAACUAUGGAUUCGGCUCAUCCGCUACCAACCUCGAGUAUUCGUUCCUGUCGAGUAUGCUGGGAACACCGUUCAUGGAUCCUGCAGCAACAGCUGCCCCAGCAUCAUCCGCCACUGCCAACGCCACCCCACCACCCUUGACCGACCUUCCUAUAUGGUCACAACAGCAGCAGCAGCAGCAGCAGCAGCAACCGCAACAAUCACAACAACCGUCCGCUUUAUCACAUCAGCAGCAACAACAACAACAACAACAACAACAGAACCCACAACCGACCGCACCACGGCCUCGGGCGGCUGUCACGGGGUCAAGCAGUGCCCAUGACAAUUCACCCGCUCAGUCGCAGUCAGCUGAGAAUAGCAGUGUUACACCGAUAGUAGAUGCAUUUGAUCCACAAUCGUCGUUGCUUUUCUCAGCAGGACAACAGCCACAACCACAACAAUUACAACACCAGCAGUCGCCACAGCAGCAGCAACAACUAGUGCGAAAACAAGGACAGGCGACGUCUACGAGAACACGUUCAUUAUCGACGGGCGGUGUCGGCUCAAUACCUUCAGCGGCAAUCGACACAACGCAAGCAUCUGCGACAUCCGGCAUGUCGUCAUUACUCGCCUAUGGUGACGGUGCAGUUGUUGCCAAAGUAGCCAACAGCCCUGUGUCGUCAUCGAGCAUGCCCGUUGUCAAGCGACGUAAUCAAAUCAUUACACCCGAGAUGGCUUAUGCAAGCGCCAAGAAACCAUUUAGUUAUGCCGAAGGGUAUCAUUAUCUGAUCAACUAUGUACGGCAAAGAAUGGGUCGGGAGGAUCUCAUGCGUAUCAGUCGUGCUCUUGCUCUUUUCCGGCCUAGUGUGCUUGCAUCAAUGAUGAAUUUGACUGAGGAUGAUUUGAUUUUUACAGAAAGAUGCUUACAGCGGACGUUACUGGAAUACGAAAAGUUGAUAAGUUAUUCGGGAACCCCCACGGUGGUCUGGCGGCGUACCGGUGAGAUUGCCCUGGUUGGCAAAGAAUUUUCGCUUCUCACACAGUGGUCACGGGACACACUGUUGGGCAAAAAGACCUAUAUUUACGAGCUCAUGAGCAAUUCAUCUGCUGUUGAAUACUGGGAAAAGUACGCAAUGCAUGCAUUCGACAACACCGAUUCAGCAGUAUACAGCUCAUGCAUCCUGCUAAGUCCUACUAAGCGUGUGGUCCCGUGCACCUUUUGCUUCACCAUCAAGCGUGACAUAUUCGAUCUCCCCAGUGUCAUUGUCGGAAACUUUUUGCCGAUUCUGAGUUAA